AUGCUCAUCAUGAGCCAGGCCUCGAGCAAAACGACAUCAGUCGAUGUUCACAACGGCGUGCGAGUCAAGACGCUGGCACGCGCUGCCUGGCAUCAGUUGUUCCUGCCAGCAGACGACCAACCAGAAGCACGUCACUCCGAAAACUGGUGGGAUCACAAAACAAACAAGCCCCCCGACCUCGCAUUGAUCGACGAAUCCGGACCACCCUUGAGUCCAAGCGCCGCGUUCUGUGGCUUCAUCGAAGCAAACAGGUGCCUAACUUUGGUGCGAUGUGCCGACGUGGACACCAAUGCUUUGACGUGCAUCGGCAAGUUCGCUGGGGAGAGCGAGUACAAGCUCGCUGAGUAUUACAUCAUGGGUGAAGGUGACAACGCCCUCUUGCAAGACUUGAACAACGCGUCCGCCCUGUUGGCCAGCUCCAACAAGACCAUCGCGGCGUAUGGCACGCAGGUAGAAGCCCUCUGCUCCUGGCGAGGUCUUCCGGAGCUGCAGGAUGGCGCGGCCAAGGCCAAUCACGGCCUGGAGGUCGGAAGCGAACUGCUGUCCGAGCAGAAUGUCUACAGGUACUAUGACGUGGCCGUCCGUCAGGACCUCUGCAAGACCACCAUCGUGGGCCUCGGCUGGCUGGUAAUCUUCCAGGUCGUGGUGGGCCUCUUGCUGCUGCCCAUGCUCGUCUGCGCCGGGUGCCCGAGGUUUCUAGGCUUUGUGGUUGCGGGGGCCGCCGAACUCAGGUCGCUGGCCGCUACCUCCAAGCUCGCCGCGGCUGGCACCUGGAGCAGGCUGCGACGCGCGCAAUCUCUGCCCUUCAUAGUACACGGCCCUGGCGUGAGGCAGUCUCAUCAAGCUUCGUGUGUACAGGAAGCAGAGGCAGCAGACGAGCGGGAACGGCUACAGACGACGAUCACGCAGGUUCUGCAGGAGCAGCAGGCGCAGUUGAAGUGGUACGACCUGCAGCAGCUGGCGAAGCAAGUGGAGCUGGAGGCCCACGUCGUGCAGCAAAUCGUCGGCAGCGUCAUGGCCCGCUGCGCUGACUACAUCCGCGAGGACCUCGGCAUGAACCUGGUGGCCGAGCCCCAGGGCAGCCCGGCGUGCCUCCCGUGCUACUCCUGCAAGAUGCCGAAAGGGUGGAUUUUCUCGGACCUGGCCGUUGGCGCCCUGAAGGACUACCGGGAGAAGUUUCCAGGACUUUUCGAGGCGCUCAGAAGUCGCCGGGGCACGAACACCAGGCAAGUCAAGGACCUGGAGCAGAGAGCCAUCUUCCCCGACCGCGCGGACAAGGACUACUGCUCCAGGCAGCUGGUGAAGUACUGCAACUCGUGCGAGUGGAAAAAGCUAAAGCUUGCGCCGACUCAGUACAUGGCCAUGACCACGCAGAGCGUGUCGCAGGUCGCAUGGUCUGUGGACGAGGCUCUGAAACAUCCCGGCCCAGCAAUCAAGAUCGUGGAUGAUGCACCCGGUUACCUUCACGACUUCCACAUGGGAUACAGGUUCUUCGGGGUGGAGGAUCCGGACUUGGAGAACUGUGCUGAGAACGUCCCAGAGGGCGACUGGGCUCUGGACCACGGCCCGUCGAGGGCCGAUGGCACCAACCUAGGGAUUUGA